UUAUUAUUAGCAUACAUUUUGAUGAGUAAAUUUAAACAAUUGUGUCAAACUUUUCUUGAAAAUACAGUGUGAACAUACUGUUUGGAGAAAACUUUCCUUAUGUGGGGUACGGUUUUGUUAGUUUGUUUGAUCAAAUGUUGCCGUGUGAAGACUUUUCAAGUCAUUCUAAGUCUUUGCCAUCUUUGAACAGAGAUUGCCUCUUAUUGGAGCUGUGUUUUCCUUAUGAAAUUUAUUGAACUCCAAAUAAUAUUGCCACUUAUAAACAUAUUCAGAUAAAAUUUAUCCUGUUCUUUCAGAUUUAGCAGCCUAAAGGAACUGUAAUUUUGGGCAUUUCGGUAUAUCCAAGGACUGAAAAAGAUUGAAUCUUUGUGCCCUGUAGAUGGUGGGUUUUCUUCAUUUCUGGGAGCGUAUUUAAGUACUAUACUGAAGGACAUGAAGUGUUUUCAGUUCUACGUUGGCGACAAGAAGGAAGAACCUAAGACAGUGAAUUCAAAUUCCGUUUUAUCCACCUCUUCUGUUCUAUCCGAUCGCGAAUUUAGGAAUUCGCGCCUUGAGUCCUGCUCUCAGAAUGCAUCAGAUACCAGCACAGAGUCCAGAGGAAGGAGCCAAUUUCCAAGCCUGUCAGAUAGGCCUUCCAAUCUCAGGGUAUUUACAUUCUCAGAAUUGAAAUCAGCAACGAAGAAUUUCAACCGUACUACCAAGAUUGGGGAAGGCGGAUUUGGAUGUGUAUAUAAGGCCACUGUAAAGAGUGGUGAGGAUUCAGUUAGAAAGAUUGAUGUGGCUGUAAAACAACUUGGUAGGAGAGGAUUACAGGGCCACAAAGAGUGGGUGACAGAAGUCAAUGUUCUUGGGGUGGCUGAACACCAAAACCUCGUCAAAUUGGUUGGCUACUGUGCAGAAGAUGAUGAGAGAGGAAUCCAGCGCCUUUUGGUGUAUGAAUACAUGCCUAACAGAAGUGUCGAAAACCAUUUGUCAGCUAGGUCAGAAACGCCUCUCUCCUGGGCAAUGAGGUUAAAGAUAGCCCAAGAUGCUGCUCGUGGCUUAACUUACUUACAUGAGGAAAUGGACGUUCAGAUCAUCUUCAGAGAUUUCAAAUCUUCAAACAUUCUCUUGGACGAGCGAUGGAAUGCAAAGUUAUCAGAUUUUGGACUGGCUAGGUUGGGACCUCCUGAGGGUCUAACCCAUGUGUCAACUGCGGAUACUAGGAUAUUGACAGACUUUCAUAUAGACCCAGGGGUGGAGCUAGGAGCCCGAGUACUGGUUGUUGGAACCAUGGGAUAUGCAGCUCCCGAAUAUGUUCAAACUGGCCGUCUCACGUCCAAGAGUAAUGUGUGGAGCUAUGGGGUCUUUCUAUAUGAGCUGAUUACUGGUCGACGUCCAUUAGAUCGAAAUCGUCCUAGGAGUGAGCAGAAGCUCUUAGAGUGGGUAAAACCAUACAUAUCAGAUUCUAAGAAAUUUCAGCAUAUAUUAGACCCAAGGCUUGAAGGUAAAAUCUCAAGGUCAGCUCAGAAGCUCUCUAUUGUCGCCAACCGCUGCUUGGUCAGACAUUCAAAGUCACGCCCGAAAAUGAGUGAAGUCCUGGAAAUGGUGAAUAAAGUUAUCGAAGCGUCAAUAGGAGUAGGAAAUCCUGAACCACCUGUGAAAAUUGUGGAACCAACUUCACCAGAAUCUGAAAGAAAAGGUAAAAGGAGGAUAAGUGAUACCAAACUUGGAGAAGGUGGCCGAUUAGUACGCAUGUGGUCAACAAAGCUGAUAAACACCUGUUAAUAUAAUAAUUCCAGAUAUGCACAAAAAAAAAAUGAGAGAAAGAAAAAGUUAACAAAAACAUUAUAUCCGUGAAUUGACAGCAUGUGGUGACUUUGGACAUUAUAUGCGACUUGCUGCAGAGUUUUCUGGGGAUCGGUAACGAUGAAUGAAGGGGGUUUGGCAUUUGAUACAACAGUUCUAAGGAAGAGUCUGAAGCUCUCGUGGUAAUACUGAUCUUGAUAUUUUUAUUCUUGAUUAAAUGUGGCUUUUUGCCUCUCUACCUUUACCCGGUAGGGUUAAGCUUUGCAUACAUACUACCCUCCUUAAACCCCACUCGUAGGAUUAAACUGAGUUUUGUUGUUGUUGUUGAUUAAAUGUGACUUUUAUAAUUUCCACGAUAUGCAAGAAAAUGACCAAGAUGAGAAACUUCGUCUUGUUACACCGUUAUACAUGAAAAUUAUCGAUACUCCUUGAUAUAGAGAAAUGGAGUAUAGUGUUAUUGAACUCUUUUCUAUUCUGAGUCACGUUUGUUAGGAAUGUAAUCUGAAACAAACAUUCAAGUGAAAUAUUGGAUCUUGUAACUAGAUUAUUUCAAUAUCGAAAAUGGAAACGAGCUUUUAGUGGUAUUA